UAACACAUUUUUGUUGUGCAUCUAUGCAAAUAUACUGUUGCGCAGAAUAGCAUUUUUAAAAGUGUUGUAUUAUUAUAAAAUGUUAUACAAUUAUUUUCAGUAUCACUAAAAAAUAAAUACAUAAUCUUGUAAUUUGUCAAUGUAAAGUACAUUUUGGAUACUUUGUGUUCUACCGAGUUGAUUAUAGAUUAUACAUCAUAUAGACACAUCAUAUUGUUACUUAAAAAGUAACUACUAACUAGAAAUGGCAAAUAAAUGAAGGGUAAACAAGUACAGUAUUUCCCUCUGUGAUGGAGUAAAAGUAUAAAUUGGCAGAAAAUGGAAAUACUCAAGAAAAGUAGCCUACAAGUACCUCAAAUUGAUACUUAAGCAAUACUUGUGUAAAUGUACUUCGUCACAUUUCCACCACUGUGUAUUUAAAAUAGCUGGGGUAAAAGAGGGAAUAAAUUGAGGGAGGGAGGGGGAGAGAGGGAGAGCUUGCCGUCUGGAAAACAGCAUCCCCCUCCUCCCUGCUCCUCCCCUCUUCCCUCUCGGCAUCUCUCCUACGCUGCGGAGUGCUCAGCCUUCAGCUCCCCGGACCCUCCCAAACUCUCCCGAGCUGAGGUGGGCGUGUGGAGCCUCUUGACCCUCUCUCGCCCACUCUCUCCCGAGUCUCCCCCUCUCCGCUGCAGCUACAGGGGGCUAUGGAUGGACUGCGUUUACCUCCACUCAUCGAGGAGGCUCUGGACUCUACAGAUGACCCGUGCGAUCUGAAAGCAGAGUGCAGCCCCACCAUGGACAACCAGAUAACAGUGAAGGAGAGAGGCAUCCUGCAGGAGAACAACGAGAAGGAGGAGAUGGACCAGGAAGAGGAAGAGAAGAAGCUGAAGGAGGAGGAAGGCGAAGGGGAGGAGAAGAUGAAGAAGCAGCAGGAGCCGCUGACGGAGGAGCAGGAGCUGGAGGAACUGAGGGCCCAGGUGCUGCAGCUGCUGCUGGAGCUGGACGACGCCAGAGAAACGUCCAACCAACACCAGGAGAGCUUCCACGAGCUGCAAGAUCUGUUGGAGGACGAGCGUCUGACCAGCGCCCAUCAGGCUGAAGCCUUCACCCGCCAGAUCCAGAAUCUGCAAGCCCAGCUGCGCUCUGUGCAGGAGGAGAUGGACAGCCUGGAGGAGGAGAAGGAGAGCGAGCUGGCUGAGGCCCAGGAGGAGCUGCGAGUCGCUCAGGAGGAGGUGAUCCUGCUGCAGCAGACGGCGGAGGAGGCUGCGGCAGAGAGGGAGUUCGACAUCGCCUCGCUGCAGGAGGAGCUGUGCCGCCGGCGGGCCGAGCUGCAGCGCCUCAGCGAGGAGACGCAGGAGUACGAGCUGGAGAUCACCACGCUGAGGGCCGAGAUCAGCAUGAAGAGCCAGCGCAGGGUGGCCGAGAGGAGAGAGGGUGACGUGGACCUGCUGAAGGAGGAGUGCCGCACGCUGAGGGAGGAGUGUGAGACCCUGAAGGAGGACAACAGGCGUCUCACAGAGAGGCUGCAGCUGCUGCAGAGACAGAGGACAUGCUCCAGCGUCUACCUGUCUCUGAAGGAGGAAGACGGAGAGGAGGGCUCAGAGGGGAAGGAUAUGCAGACCGGCUGCGAUGAGGUCAUGACGGAGAGCUACAUGACCAUGGCCCAGUCUGGGAACUGUCGCCUGGUGGACGCCUCCAUCCAGAAGAACAUUUCUUUUGAUGGGAAGCCCGCAACACAGAGCAGCUGGAACGGGGGCAUCGGGGAGAUCUUCUCCCUGAGGGAGCAGCUCAAACAGGCGGAGGAGAAGGCCUCACAGGUCCAGAGAGAGUGUGACGGGCUGAAGACGGAGCUCCAGGAGCUGCAGGUUAUGUACGACAACAGUCAGAGGGAGCGCGCCGAGCUGGAGGAGGAGCUGCAGCGCUGCAAGGCUGAGCUGCAGAAGCUAGGGGGGGCUCAGAGAUUCAUCCAUCCGUCUGAGCACCCUGUUCUCUCCAUCCCCUUCAUAGGAAUGAUUGUAAUAUUGGCUGUGGUCUGGUGCUGGUUGUCGGAGCUGGCGUCCCAGAGGGCAAGGGGAGUGAGGUAGGUUGGAACUCCAUUUUGACUAUCACUGCGGCCACAGCAGUGCUGCUGAUGAUGACUCGCUUGUUGAGAGCUCUCGUCCGAUGUUGAUUGGAUGGGCAACAUCUGCACAGGGACAGACGUCUGCUUCAGUCCAGCUCUCUCCUGCCGCGUCUGUACACUGAACUGGAAUUCUCCAAAAGUGAGCUGACAGCCGUGUAGUAGAAAAGGUUGUCGCUAAUAGGAAGGUACAUGCACUGAGAACGAUGCACUCAGUCUCAUUUGAGGUUGAGGACGAUGAAGAGUUGACCUGCAGAGAGCCAACAGAGGACUGAUCUCACUCCACUAAAUGUUGUGCUGUGUCUCUCCUCCUCUGUGUCUGUGGAUAUUAUGUUUCUCUCCUUUUAGCUAACAAUGUGAUACAAAUUAAGGUUUUGAUUUUUACCGUGCACCAAGUGGUUUUGGGUUUAUUUAUCCAUUAUUUAUUUAUUUGUUUGUUUGGAUAUUGUUCAUAGAUGUCUCUGAUAAUAAUGAAGAACAUGGAGUAUAGGCAUUUGAUGCACUGAAAUCCCUGAAAUGUACAUAUGCCCUUUAAAUGUUAAUACAAAGAGCAGUUUAUGUGAACGAUUUGACUUAAAAUGGUUGCCUUCCUUUGAAUAAAUUCUGCAUCUGGUUUGAAUGUUGCAAAAUCUGCAUGAUUUAACAACAUGCCAACAUUACCAACUAUUCUGCCACCAUUAUUCUGCCAAACUUAACUUUGGAACAUCAAAUUGAUGUCUUUCGAAUGCCAACACAAAUUGUAUGCAGUUACAAUGAGAAAUAUUGUAAACAACUGUCAAUCCAAGCCCAGAGCAGCGAGCUCUUCUUCACAUUAUUGUUAUUCUUAUUUCUCCAGGCUCGGUCACUUCCUGUCUUGUGUCUGACUUCCACUUUCCUAUUUAAUUAUCAAUUUAACCGAGACGCCAGAAAGUCUGCAACAGUUUCUGAUUCAUCUCACCUGCCCACAGCUUGAUUUUAAUUUCAGUUAUCUUACGCCCACAGCUACAUUGUUACACUUACAAAUGUUCGCUGUAGUUUUUCUAUGUGCUAUUAAAGAUAUCCCAGCAACUUUGGGAGCGAAUCUUAGGAGGAUCAAGCUAUAAUAUUGUUAUAUUUUUGAUCUUUUCAAUAUGGAGAAAUAAGCUUUUGUUCCUCUCCAGCAGGAAAUGGCUAAUGAAUUGUUAUUUAGAUUUAUGGUGAUCGCAGGUUGUUUCAGGUACUCGGUGUAAAAUGAUGUCCGCCAGCAUCUCCUUGUUUACUGACGACAUACUUUAUGUAACAAACUGCAGAACAGAUAAACACCAGUGGACAUUCGGCUACACUUAAAUUGAUCUACUGUUGUGACUGAGGUGACGAUUGGUGUUGGUUGUGAGGGCAUUUUAGCAAUUAAUAUGGUUACAAAAUAUUUAAAUAGGAAGUUGUCAGGACAUGUUUGUUAAGGCAGUCAAUACAAAACAUAAAUAUGUAUAUGUGGAAGGACUCUGAUUAUUGUUUAUAUUUGUGAAACGUAUUUUUUUGGUGAAAAUAAUUAAGGUUUAAAAAAAAGCAUGCUCGAAAACAUCUAGAAGUACAAUAUAUAAUUUAAGUUACUUUGUAUUCUAUGUAAAUAGUUAUGACCUAAAGUACUUUGGGAGAGAUAUUUCUUAAAUCCAUUUUUACUCGCUUUGUAGAAAGUUAAUUCUAUUUUGAAAGAGCUUCGUAUAUUUGAUAGCCAUAUUAUAUGCUGUGUAAAUGUUUAUUUAUGGUGACGUUAUUCAGAACUGCUUUCAUUGCUAAUCUUUUUCAGUACCUCUUUGUUGAAAGGUUGUGUAGUCAUUGCAUGCAUUUCAAUUGCAUUUGACCUUAGUUGCUUGAAAGACCAAUUUAAUUCAGAAAUUAAUUAAAAGUCUUUGACACAUUUGUCAUUAAACAAACUCCUGAUAAGCAAUGCCUGAGCAAUUGUGUUUCUAUUUAGGAAAACGAACAAAGGUAAAGAUGAGCCACUGGACUGCAAAUGCUCCACUGUCUAUUAAAAAAUAUAUCAGCAAUAUAAAUUAAAUUCCCAUUGACUGCAAUGGUACAUAUGAAUGUUAUAAUUAUUUUCAUGAUUUCCUGAAUAUUAUCUUUAUCAAAGUUUCACAAGCUUCUAUAUUGCACUGUGUUUCUCAGCUUGUUGCUUUACAUAUUGUGGUUUUCAAUAUAGUUUGUGGCUAUUUUGUUACAUCGAGGUCUAUUUUGUACUGUUAUGACUUAAGAAAAUAAAUAUAACCCCCCCCCC